AUGUACCAAGAGUUGCUCGAGUUUAUCCAUAGAAGAUCGCGAAUUGUGCAAACCCUUAAGCUCUCCCAAUCAGCAACCACCCAAUCCGAGAUCAAGCAUCUCAAGUCACGAUCCGUCGUUGCGCAUGUUGUUUCCGAUAACGUGCCACUGUGUGUCAGCUGUAAGCAGGCCCAUUUCCUGUUCCAGUGCGAGCAAUUCAGAACGCUCUCUCCUCAACAACGCUUUGAAGUCGUGAAGAGGCACGGGUUAUGCAUUAACUGUCUCAAGGGAAAACAUCAUGCAAAGAACUGUUCCAGCGGGGCCUGCAAGAACUGCUCAAAGAAACAUCAUUCGUUGUUACACCUGCCACCUCUCUCGUCGGCUUCUGGUUCACAACCAGCGGCAACAGUCAAGCAGCCAUCAUGGACGAGCAAGUCCACUGUAACAUCCACUUCGCAGACGUGCCAAAUGUCGCACUUCGUUCCAGAUUUUAUCGAAAGCUCUCCGUCGGAAGAGCUCGUUGUUGCUUCACCACCUGGCACAUCGGGUCUUUCGCAGUCGUCGCGCGGUCAAACUUUUCCCAAAUCGUCGGUUUCGCGGGGGGAUUUCAUUCCUCCACCCACUGCCUGUCAGAGUGCAGAAUUAUUUACCCAACCUCGACAGUCAACAGUCAUUUUGUCCACGGCGGUGAUCAAGGUGAAGGAUGCUGAUAACAACUACGUUCUUACCAGAGCUCUUUUGGAUAGCGGUUCACAACCAAGUUUCAUUUCGGAAGCGCUAUGCCAAAGGCUUCGUUUGCCGCGGACAAAGCUGAAUUCGCCAGUCAGUGGGAUCGGACAAUCCGUUGUCAACGUUCGCUACGCUGUGUCGCUAUCGCUCGCAUCUCGUUUUGAAAAUUUCUCCACUCAACUAGAUUGUCUAGUAUUGCCGAAACUAACUGUCUCGCUGCCAAGUCACCACAUUGAUGUCUCUCGCUGGAGAAUCCCAAGGAAUCUUCCACUCGCUGAUCCACAAUUCAACAUUAGUCAAGGUGUGGACAUGAUUAUCGGAGCCGGACUAUUUUUCGAGCUUCUCGAAAACCAGCAACUCUUUCUUGCUGCUGGUUAUCCAACACUGCAGAAAACGGUUCUAGGCUACAUAGUUUGUGGAAAACUGGAGCAGCCCAAGACAAACGCCACUGGAACACAAUCCUGUCACAUCUGUGUCGAAGAUAGCCUUGAUACACAGCUUCAGCGAUUUUGGGAAAUCGAAAACUUCGAUGAUGGUAAGGCUCUCACUCCGGACGAAAAGAAGAAUACUUCUAAUCCACCGUUGUCCGCGAUAAUACGGGUCGUUACGUCGUUCGUCUACCGCUCAGGAAAGACAAAGUGUUGCUUCUUGGAGAUUCCUACCCCGCCGCAUUACGGAGAUUCCAGCAGAUGGAGAAAAGGUUCCUCGCCGAUGAAAAACUCCGUCAAGACUAUUCGGAGUUCAUGGAGCAGUAUGAGAGAGAGUACAACCACCAAGAUACGUGUGGUAUUCGACGGUUCGUGUCGUGGAGCUACCUCGCUUUCGUUGAAUGAUGCACUCUACGUCGGGCCAACGGUUCAGCCAGCUCUCUUUACCAUCGUCGUGAACUUUCGUCUACCGCUAUUCGCCAUAACCGCUGAUGCGGAAAAAAUGUUUCGACAGAUUUGGGUCCACCUAGAUGAUCGGAAAUUUCAACAAGUUCUUUGGCGUAAAAAACCGUCGGAGCCAAUCCGCAAGUACCAGUUGAAAACCGUCACUUACGGCCUUGCAAGUUCGCCGUUUCAUGCUGCUCACAUCCUAAACCAGCUAGCUAUCGAUGAAGGACAUCGCUUUCCACUGGCCGUACCAGUUUUGCUAAAGGGUACUUACGUAGACGACGUUAUCUCCGGACACGACGAUCACGACACGAUGACGGAAACAUGCAAGCAGCUGAUGGAGAUGAUGAAGUCCGCUGGUUUCGUCCUUCGCAAGUGGGCUUCAAACCACAAGACGGUUCUCAGCAGCGUCCCAGAAGCCUUAUGGGAAACGUCCACGGAACUUGAGCUCGAUCGUUCGCAAGCCGUCAAAACAUUGGGGCUGUUAUGGUUCCCCCUGCGGGAUGUCUUUAAAUUCAAGGUCCCUGAGCUCCCAGACCUAGAGGUGGUUACCAAGCGUAUUGUCGUUUCCGAGAUGUCUCAGCUCUUCGACCCUCUUGGUUUACUCGGACCAGUAGUCGUGAACGCAAAAAUGUUCAUUCAAACUCUUUGGGCAGCGAAUAUGUCAUGGGAUUCUGAGCUUGCAGAAGAACCAGCAACAUGGUGGAAAAGGUAUCGUGCGGACAUUAAGAAGCUCAACUCGCUGCAAGUUCCAAGAAGGGUAGUAUGCAACACCAAACGUCAGUACUCACUCCACUGCUUUUGCGAUGCUUCGCAGAAGGGUUACGGAUGCUGCGUCUACAUCGUAUCAAAGGACAAGUUGGGCCAGCUCCAUUCACAUUUACUAACGUCGAAAUCUCGUGUCGCUCCUCUUCGUGGACAAUCAAUUCCGCGCUUAGAGCUAUGUGCAGCUCUCCUCGGGAGUCAACUGGUACAUAACCUCUUGACUAACACCGACAUCACUGGACCAGUCACGUUUUGGACUGACUCUACAGUCGCACUUCACUGGAUCAAAUCCAGAUCGAAUUCCUGGAAUGUUUUUGUAUCAAAUCGGGUCGCAGAGAUUCAACGAUUAACAAAGGAUUCACAGUGGAUGCAUGUACCGACUGAUCUGAAUCCUGCCGACCAUAUCUCCCGAGGAGUGCUUGCGAGCCAGAUCAUCAACGACAGUCUGUGGUGGCAUGGUCCACAGUAUCUAACCUCCCCCGUCGAGCUUUGGCCAAAGUGUGUGGUUUCAAUACCGAUCAAGUCGGACUUGGAGGAGGAGAUGCGCCCGUUGGUUUCCCUCCACCUACUGCAAGACAAAACAACUAUCUUCAGCGAGUUCUCAGAGUUAGCCAAGCUGACACGCUUCGUCGCCUACUGCUUCCGCUUUCGAAACAACUGCAAGCUUCCGAAAACCCAACGCGUGUUGUCCCCGCUGUCACCCGAGGAAUUUGACUACGCACUGAAGGCGUUGAUUCGCCUUGCUCAGCACCAGGAAUUCCCAACGGAAGUUCAUUCCUACCGUCAAAAGCAGUCCGAGAACGCUGCCAGGCUCGCACCAAAAUCACCGCUGAAAAACCUCAAUAUAUUCAUGGAUGAAUUUGGACUCCUUCGGAUUGAUGGAAGGCUGAAAAACUUAAACGCACCAUUUGAUACUCGUCAUCCGAUUCUGCUUCCAGCAAGGCACACCUUGAGCUUUCUCAUUGCCAAGUCCAUUCACCUACAGACACUUCACGGUGGACCGUCGCUGUUGCUCGCUACAGUCCGUCAACGAUUCUGGCCGCUCCGGGGUCGAGACUUGGCUCGUAAGGUUGUCCGACAAUGCAUCACCUGUUUUCGGUGCAAUCCUACAACAUCCAACCAAAUUAUGGCACCUUUACCAUCAGUUCGCCUCAGGCCAGCUAGAGCUUUUACGUACUCCGGGAUGGAUUACUGUGGGCCAUUCCUCGUUCGUCCGCUAAUUGGGAAAGGUUCGUCGGUUAAGGUAUAUAUCGCGUUGUUCGUCUGUAUGGUGGUGAAGGCCGUGCAUCUUGAGGUCGUCGCCGACCUGUCGUCCGCCGCGUGCAUAAACGCCGUCAAACGUUUCAUUGCCAAGCGCGGUCGGGUUCUUGAGUUGCAUUGUGACAAUGCGACCGCUUUCGUCGGUGCGGAUCGUGAACUACGGAUACUACGAAAGGAGUACCUGCAGCAAUUUCAGUCGACGAAAUGGGGAAACUACUGUGCAGGAAAUGGCAUCACCUUCCGUUUCAUUCCUGCACGCUCUCCGCAUUUCGGUGGCAUAUGGGAAGCAGGAGUGAAAUCGUUUAAGUAUCAUUUUCGUCGCAUCAUGGGACAAAAGGCUUUCACAAUGGAUCAGCUCCUAACGGUUGUAGCUCAAGUAGAAUCAGUCUUAAACUCCCGUCCACUCGUUCCUAUUUCUGAUUCUCCUGACGACCUUUCUGCUCUGACCCCAGGGCACUUUCUAAUUGGAGAGCCUCUUGUCUCUAUACCUGAGCCUGACCUGCUUCCCCAGUCCCCUAAUCGCAUCACCCGUUUGCAGGACAUGCAACGCUCGGUCCAGGAUUUGUGGCGUUGCUGGUCUCGGGACUACGUGAGCCAGCUACACCAGCGUAGCAAGUGGAGACGCCCGGCGGUGGACGUUCGCAAGGGUCAACUGGUACUACUGAAGCAAGAGAACUGCCCUCCGCUACAAUGGCCUCUCGGACGCAUAAUCGAAACCAUCCCCGGUCCAGACGGUCGAGUCCGAGUAGUGGUAAUCAGGACGGCAUCAAAGGACUACAAGCGAGCGGUCACGGAGAUCGCGGUUCUUCCAAUCGACUCCGGCGACGAGGAAGACAGCUCAGCAGCAACGUCAACUGGCGACGUGGUUGUUGGUUGA